UUAGCAGUGCGCACACACUUCCUGAUGGAGCUGCUGCUGCGGAGAAUAAAAAUACACUCCCAGCAAGUCAGCUAGACGAGUUCAGAAAAAGUUAUGUCUGGCUGUCAAGUUGAUGUAGAAAGACUGUUUUUAAAGCAUGGAUGUUACUCCACGUCUGUCCGUCCAUGAGUAGAAGGAAACUCCCCCAGAGAGCCGGAGCCGGAAGUCAACAAGAAGGGUUGGAUUGUUGAAGCUAACGGUAGCUAGCGUUAGCAUCCAGGCCAGCUAACGAAAGCUAGCUGGAAAAAACACUGAAGGCCUUUUGUAGAUUGUCAAUACCUGUGCUUAUGUAAAUUACUAGCUGACGUUGGCUAGUAAUGUCUCUGUCGUUACCAUCCGCCGAUAUACUCGAAACACCACCUGGAUAUCCAUUUGAAGAAAUCAACUAUGAGGAUAUUGAAGUUGAAGAGGUGGUGGGGAGAGGAGCCUUCGGGGUUGUUUGCAAAGCCAAAUGGAAAGGCAAAGAUGUGGCGAUCAAGACCAUCGAGAGUGAGUCGGAGAGGAAAGCCUUCAUAGUCGAGCUCCGGCAGCUUUCACGAGUCAAUCACCCCAACAUUGUGAAGUUGUACGGCUCUUGUCACACUCCGGUCUGCCUUGUGAUGGAAUAUGCUGAAGGGGGGUCAUUGUACAACGUGCUGCAUGGUGCUGAACCCCUCCCCUAUUACACUGCCUCCCAUGCCAUGAGCUGGUGUUUUCAGUGUUCCCAGGGCGUGGCCUAUCUCCAUGGCAUGAAACCAAAGGCUCUCAUUCACAGGGACCUCAAGCCACCCAAUCUUCUUCUCGUGGCAGGCGGCACCACGCUGAAGAUAUGCGACUUUGGAACAGCAUGUGACAUUCAGACCCACAUGACCAACAACAAAGGAAGUGCAGCGUGGAUGGCCCCGGAGGUAUUCGAAGGCAACAAUUACAGUGAGAAGUGUGAUGUGUUCAGCUGGGGGAUCAUUCUCUGGGAGGUGAUCACUCGCAGGAAGCCCUUUGAUGAAAUUGGAGGACCGGCUUUCCGCAUCAUGUGGGCUGUGCACAACGGGACAAGACCUCCUCUAAUCAAAAAUUUGCCCAAGCCCAUUGAGAGUCUGAUGACUCGCUGCUGGUCCAAAGACCCCUCUCAGAGGCCUUCUAUGGAGGAGAUAGUGAAGAUCAUGACUCACCUAAUGAAGUACUUCAAAGGAUCUGAUGAACCCCUGCAAUAUCCGUACCCGUAUUCAGAUGAUGGACAGAGCAACUCUGCAACAAGUACAGAAACAGGUUCAUACGUGGAGUACACCGCCACCAGCACGAGCAACAAAAGUGAAGUGAACAUGGAGCGCAGUGAUUCUCAAGGAAGCAACGACACCAUCAAGAUAACGCCUCAGUUUGCUCCUCACUUCAAGCCGAAGGGAGACCCACUGAGGACUCUGCCUCUGUCCAGGGGGAGCAGCGUUGAGAGUCUGCCUUCACGGACUCAGUGCCUGGCGUCAUCUGACAGCAAAAGAAUGAGCGCUGAUCUUUCAGAGCUGGAGCCUAAGAUGCCGUUUGCACCUUCAGCAAAUCCCGUGUUUAAACGAGGCCACCGUAAAACAGCAUCAUACGGCACCAUUCUGGACGUUCCCAAGAUCGUCGUCACAGCAGUGUGUGAUCCUCAGAGACGUCGGUCUGUGCAGGAUCUGCCCGGCAUCGGCACAGAGUCCAGCCAUGGGAGCAGAAACAGCAGCCGGUCCUCCAGUCCCAGCAUGAGGAUGAUGCCCAGCGACAAGACGGGCAGCAGGGGUUACUUCUCCCCCGAUGACCCCACAGACACCAACGGCUCAGAUAACUCAAUUCCCAUGGCUUAUCUGACCCUGGACCACCAGCUGCAGCCUCUCGCUCCCUGUCCAAACUCCAAAGAGUCCAUGGCGGUGUUCGAGCAGCACUGUAAGAUGGCCCAAGAAUACCUGAAGGUGCAAACUGAGAUCGCCCUGCUCAUCCAGAGGAAGAAGGAGCUGAUCGCUGAGCUGGACCAGGACGAGAAGGACCAGCAGAACACGUCCCGUCUGGUUCAGGAGCACAAGAAGCUGCUGGAGGAGAACAAGAGUCUGUCCACGUACUACCAGAAGUGCAAAAAACAGCUGGAGCUGAUCCGGGUGCAGCAACAGAAGAGACAGGGGACGUCCUGAUGAGACAGAGACAUUAGAACUCUUACCAUCACCCCCCUCUGUCCCCCCCACCCCACCCCGGCUCUAUAACACUACCCCCCGCCCCUCCCCAACACACACACACACACACACACACACACACACACACACACACACACACACACACACUCUUUGACCCAGCUUUGUAAAGAGACCUGCACUCUACUGUGUCCUGCAUGUCCCACCGUAGACCCUCACGUCUGUCCUGCAGGAAGAUGAUGUCCUCUGAACAUUUGCACAUUGUCACAUUGACCGCAGACCAAACAAUCAGUGCACCCCCCCCUCCUCAUUACCCCGGACCCUGCUGCUGUGCCCCGGGACGGACCCUCGAGUAAUGAGUGUGUGAUUUCUUCAUUUAGCUCAGUGUGUGUCCUCUCCUCGGCUCUCUCACACACACACACACACACACACACACACACACACACACACACACAC